AUGUUUAGGGUUGCCCAGCAAUCUCAACCAUUGAAGGGUAAGUUACCGAAUCAGUUCAUUCCUGCAAAACAUAUCUAUAAUCCACAUGCGGCGGAAUUCAAUUCUACGAUGAAUCAGCCACAAAAUAACGCCAUGCCAAUCAACAACGGGCCUGUAGGUCAAAUGAAUAUGAUGAAUGGAGCACCAUCACAAAAUCAAAUGAAUGUAGAUUUUAUGUACGAAAUGAAUCCAAAUUCACAAUCUAUGAAAGAUGUACCAUUGAAUAAUUCUAAUAGUAACAAUCAUAAAAACCGUAAUAACAAUCAUGAGGGCCUUUACAGAAAUGAUAGCAACAAGAAUUCCCGUGGACAUCAAUUCAAUUUCAAAAAUCAAUCUAGGAAUAACGAUUCUCAGAACCACAAUUCGAAUACUUCUAAUAACACUUCCGUUAGUCCAAAUUCUCCAUGGUUCCAAAAAGUCUGUGCUUUCGAAGAUUGUGUAUCCCAGACAUUAUACAUGUCUCAAACUCCAAGACGGAAAAACAUUAAGCAUCGUUCAGAACACCCUAAUUCAAAUGCCAAUCCGUUAUUUUGGGAUUCCAUCGGUAGAGCCAUGGGUUUAUAUCACGACUUGAUCAACACCCCAGAAUUAAAUUCUGACAGAGUAUCCAAAUUGGUUCAUUUGUUACACAAUGGUUUAAGAGCAAACAGAAAUCAACUAACCAGAAUGAACAAAAAACCUGAUUACGAUUCUCAAUCCUUUCAUAAGGAAAUGACUAACUACCUUUGUAAAUCAUUAAGAGAAAUAUCCGAUGAUGUAUUGAAUAGUAAAGUGGAAUUAAACGAAUAUGGUGCCAUGCAUUUGAUUACUGCAUUCAAAGAAUUACUAUUAUUUGAAGAAGCCGUUCAAAUUUGGAAAAAUGCUAUAAAUGGAUCUAACUCUUACACAUCCAAUAUCUUCUUGAAUCCAAGAGUCGUUGGUGUUAUUUUGCCAAUAUUGUACGAUAACGGUGUCUCAUAUCCUGAAAUUCAAACACUUUACGAAAAAUCUUCCUCUAUGAUCAAUUACUUCCAUCCUAAUUUAUCCGUUGGUAUGAUUAGAGCCUCAUUGUCUGCAAGUGAAAAUGAAAUGGCCUUACAACUAUUCCAAAAGUUAUGUGAAGAAUCUACUGAAAUGAAAUAUGGGUACUUAAUUGAAACGCAUUUGUCCUUUAUUGGUGAAUGCAAAGAUUUGAACGUAGCACAAACAUUUUUCGACAAAGCUUUAAAUGACGAGAUGCCAUAUAAGAUUGAUUUGCAAGUUUCUUACGUAAAAUCAUUUUUAAGAAAUAUUUGGAAUCAAACCCACGACUUCAACCACAUUUACCAAAUAUGGUAUAAAUCCUCAUUACAUUAUGGUAGAAACGUUAAUCAUGGUAUUUCUUCUUCAUUGAAUGAUACUUUCUUCGAUAUUUUCUUCGAAAAUUUUGCUAAUGAUAAAGUUCAAGGUUUCCAAACGUUACAAAAUUUGAUUCAAACAUAUAAUAAUAUUAAGAAAAUCGACGAACCAUUUUUCAACAUUAUAUUAGCCAAGUGUACUAUCUGGCAUGACAGAACAAUAUUAGAGUACAUCGAUAAGAGUUACGAACUAUAUCACAUUCCAAAGACUAUUGUAGCAUACAGAAUUUUACUAAAAUCCAUGGGAUCCGUGGAUGACACUUCUAAUGUGGAGAUAUUACAAAGAUGGAUCGACUUAAUUCGUAAGUCGGAUGAAAUUGGGCAACGAUUUAUUGCCAAUGCUGAUUGGGCUGCUUUAAGAGAUGCAACUGUGACAUGGACUCAAGCUAACAGAGACAAAGGAAUUUCAGGUAAAGCUACUCCACCAACUCCAUCUCCAACGCCAUCUCCUAACAGUGGAAUGGGUAAUGUUAAUGAUGCUGACUUUUAUUCCCACCCAGCAUUUCAAGCUUUGAACGCUUCUGGGGCCUUUGAUGAUAUGGGCAAUGACUCUUCGGCUUCAACAGCUGUUCCAAGUGGAGCUUCUUCUCCGUCUGCCCCAGUGCCAUUAAUGAAAAGUCAGCAAUUACCUGUCAUUGAUGCAAGAUUAGUAUUAUAUCUGAAGAUUGUCAAGCGUUACUCCCCUUACUGUCGUGAUUCCAGACAAUUGGCAAGACUAACAACUGGUACUGCUGUCAAGUAUUCAGUACUUCAAGAGGUACUCAACCAAUUUCAAACUUUGGAAGUAAGCGAAAUCCCAAUCCCUGAAUUGCAAAAUUUGAAGCCUACAUGCGUGUAA